CAGAUAAGCAGGUUAUUGAGAAAAAUCAUUAUCAUGGCUACGGCAUGUGAUUGGAAAACUCAGGUGCACACUCGUAGGAGGAGGGUUUGCAUAAAAAGGGGCUCGGGUCUUGAUCUUCAUCUCAGACGUCCUGAAACUACAAUCUCAAGAAAAUGAGAAAUUUCGUUUUCCUCACGUUGCUCGCUCUUGUGGGCUGUGCGACCACAUUUCCCCAAAGCACCUUGCCGCAGAACUUCAAUGAUUUAACGUCUGAACAACUUAUUGCCGAACUGGAAUCAUUUCUUGUAAAAAUUGACGCUGAACCAAGAGGAAUCGAUGAGUCUUUGGUGGCGAUUUUAGAAUCUUUCCGCGCGACUUUGCAACAGGGUUUUCCUACCCUUGGUAUUCCCCCUCUUGACCCUCUCCUCGUUCCUCAUGGACAGUUUGACAUCGAGACUGCGACCGCCGAUGUUAAGGGGUCAUUUGAUAACGUAACAGUAAAUGGAAUUUCUGCCUACACCAUCAAUAAAGUUCACAUGGACAUGCUGCGAAUGAAAAUCAAUUUUGAUUUACUCUUCAACGUUAUUGAUACACUUGGUGAUCGUUACGAUGUUGACGGCGUGCUCGCCGUCCUACCCAUUUAUGGCACUGGACCUUUCGAAUUUACUAUCCUCAAUAUGAGCAUGAUAGGUGAAGUAAAAAUGGGUCUUGUCAACGGCUCAGUGCAAGUUCUGAGCAUGCCAAUUGACAUUAAUAUUGCAGCCGUUUCGAGUAAUAUGAUGGGCAUCAUGGGCGGUGGUGCAAUGGGGACCAUUGUAAAUGACAUGAUUGACGAUUUUGCACCAAUUAUUUUCAAUGAAAUAAAAGCACCCAUCAUUGAUGCUGCCGUGCAACGUAUUGUUGCCUUUGUCAACGCAAGACUGCAAGGAUUGACUUUCCAAGAUUUGAUUGACAUAAUUCUGGGCAUUGGUGGGGGAAAAUUUCUAGAAAUGUAUAACUAGACCAAUUCUUUACAAUUUGUUAAAACUUUAUGGAGGAAAGACUUUUGUGCUACAGAAUGGGCUGAUACGCCCAAACGUGUACCUGCCUUAAUAAUUGUUAUAGACUUUUUAAUGUAUAACUAAACAUCAUAUUAAUUAAAGGAAUAUUAAAAAAAUACUAGAUUAAUAUUGAGUAAAAACA